ACACACGUGUGUGCGCGGCGACAUGUCGUUUCAGAUUAGUACGGCGAGAGCGAAGAAUAUCACAACGCGCGAUAGCGUAACGUUGUAAUAAUAGUGUGCGAGUCAGAAAGUUUCGCUUGGCUUCGCAUGAUCUCUUCUUGUCAUCGGAGACGCGUGAGUGCACGAGUACCGAGCCGACGUUGGCAACGACUGUGUGUGAUUCACGCUGUUCUCAGGAGGUGACAGAGAGUGGUUCAGUUCACAGACAAACCCAAGUAUUGUUUUUGGGAUACAGAGAGAGAGAGAGACAAAAAAAGAGAGAGAUCGGUGAACGAGAAACAGCGGAAGAGACGGCGAAGAACAAGACGUCGAGAACGCGCGCGUUUCGAGAAAAUAAACGCGCCCAGAAUCGAUGAUAAUUCGCGAGGAUGACGUAACCUGACGAAAAAAGAUAACAAACGGCCGUGUUCGAGCAGCUAUUUUCAGGUUAUGUCCAUUUCUCUGUUGUCGGGUUAGGGUCUAGCAGAAGGAAAUCUCUUAAAAAAGUGAACGAGAAGGGGGAAUGCGUUGCAGCGGAAGAAGCUGUAGAAUUUGAUUUGAAGAGAGAAAAGAAAAAGCAGCAAAAUGGUCUUCGAGUCGGUAGUUGCCGAGCUUCUCAACAAGGUGCUCGGUGACUAUAUCGAGAACUUGGACUAUACGCAGCUCAAACUCAGCCUCUGGGGAGGUGAUGUUGUUUUAACUGACUUGUUAAUUAAAGAAUCCGCAUUGGAUGUGUUGGAUCUUCCAAUAAGAUUAGAAUAUGGACGUUUAGGAAAAUUGAUACUGAAGAUUCCGUUCAAAGAUAUGUGGAAUGGCCAGAUAGAUGCUAUAGUUGAAGAAUUGUUUAUCUUGGUGGUGCCUACGAGUCAAAUUUCGUACAACGAAGAGAAAGAGUCAAAAGCGCAGUUAGAAGCUAAACGGGCAGAACUCGAGAGAGUCGAAAAAAGAAAGCAAUUAGCCGCGCUAAAACCACAAGAGAAACUGAACGAUUCGAUGGUGGAGAAGUUAGUUGCUCGCAUGAUCAAGAAUAUUCAUGUGGAGAUCAAGAGAAUUCAUGUGCGUUACGAGGAUCACGUCACGUUCAAAGAACAUCCCUUCUCGGUCGGCUUUACUUUGAACACUUUCAUCCUGGAAAGCUGCACAGACUCGUGGGAAACCACCGGCAAUCUGAAGGACAUGUACGCCAUCCCUCAGAUCUUCAAGCUGUGCGGUCUGGACGGUCUGGCUGUGUAUCUCAACACGAGCGUCGAACAGUACAGCAAAAGCCCACAAUCCUCGUACACCAAUCUUUUCUGCAGCGGCAUUGCGACUGUGGAUUACGUCCCGAGAGGCUAUCGGUAUCUGUUAGGACCGAUCAACGUUAAUGCCAAACUCAGAUUGAAUCCUAAACCCGAGUCUGACGGCAGCAAUUAUACCAUUCCCAAGGUGUGGUUAGACCUGGAGAUGCAGAAACUGCGAAUCGGUCUAACAAAACAGCAAUACCGGACUCUGGUAUGUUUAGGUGAGGGUCUGGAUCAGGCGCAGAAAGCCGCGCCUUAUCGAAAGUACCGACCGAAUCUGACGUCGUAUCGCGGCCACUACAAAGAAUGGUGGCGUUUCGCGUACACGUGUAUUCUGGAGGAAACUGUGAGACGGUGCCGUCGAAACUGGGAUUGGAAUCACAUGAAGCAGCAUCGCGACACUUGCCGCGUUUACGCGCAAGCAUAUCAGACGAAACUGACAACAAAGAAACUGGCGAAGGAAAUUGAGGAACGACUGACCGAAUGUGAAACAAAUCUCGACAUUUUCAAUCUGGUGAUCAUACGCCAGCAAAUAGAAUUCGAGGUAGAGCGACUGGCGGAGCGGGAGAAGAGUCUGAAGGCGAAGCGGGGCUGGUUCGGUUUUCUGUGGAACAGUUCCCAGGCUGAGGAAACCAAAGAACUCAAUUCAGCUGCGGCCAUUAUGCGCAGGUUCGAAGAGGCAAUGACGCCGCAGGAAAAAGAGAAGCUUUACCGGGCGAUCGAUUAUCAGGAAAAUAGCGCACCUGCGCAUUAUCCGGAGACAUUCGAGAUGAUCGACACGCGUUUCUUCCUGCACGGUCUGCAGAUCUCGCUGCUGGACACGGACAAGGAACAUCCGUGUAUUCUGGAUCUGCAGCUGCACGGAGUGCGCGCGGGCUUCAAAUCGCGGCCGUCCGCGAACGCGAUCCUCGUCACCGCAUCCAUUAGCGACAUGAAGCUUAUGGGUGUGACGCAGGACGGCCGCGUGCCGUCGCUCUUCAAUCCGGGACACGGCACACUCGAUAACAGCGCACUGCUGUCAGUAUCCUACGAGAAAAAUCCACUCGACAAGCUGUGCGGCGACCGCGUUGUCGUCAAGUCACGGUCCGUCGACAUAGUUUACGACGCGCAAACCAUCAUUGAACUCGUCAAUAUGUUCAAGAUACAAGAUUCCUCGACAUUGAAUCAGCUGCAGACAGCCGCAGCGGAGCAAUUGGAAGUGGGUUUGAAAGAUAUGUCGGCGCUCGGGCUGGAAUACGCGAUACAGAAACAUUCGGUGCUGGAUAUACAAGUUGAUAUGCAAGCGUCGCAACUUAUCAUACCGUAUGGCGGUCUCUACGACGAUUCGAAGGCGUUGAUCGUCGUGAAUCUGGGCAGUCUCAAGAUGCAUUCGUUGGAAAAGGUUGAGAGCGACUUGACUGGCGCCAGCGUCAAGCAGCUCGUUAGUAUGGGCAAAAGCGAGGAGGAGGUUUUGCUUCAUCUGCGAGAACACACUUACGACAAGUUCGUUUUGAAGAUAGUUAAUAUCCAGGUGCUAGUCUCGCUGCCGAAUGAAGAGUGGCGAUCAGCCGUGGCAAGUACCGAGAGUUCUCUGACGCUGCUUCAUCCGACCACUUUGGAAAUUCAGUUUCACAAAUGUCUCGUAACAGACGAUCCCUUGUUGCCAAAAAUUCGACUUCUCGGUAAUCUGCCUUCAGUGAACGUGAACAUAACGGACGUUCGACUGCUACAGGCAUUGUCGGUCGUUCAGAGCAUUCCUCUGCCCGAAGAGCAAAAGGCAUCGGAGGCGCCGAGAGCCUCUCUUUCUGUCUCGCAGCUGUCGCUGAAGGAACUCGGUACCGCGAUAUCCAGCAUUGCUGAAAAAAAGAAACAACAGCAAUCAGACAGCGCGGACACACCGUUAAAGCAAACUACCGAUCUGGAGAUAAAGUUCGAGAUGAAGGAAUUUACACUGUCGGUGUCGCGAAUCGACAACGCGGAAGCGUCGGAAUUCAUCAGAUUCCAAGUGCUCCAACUGGAGGCGGAGAUGCUUCAGCGCACGUUCGACCAAGAAGUGCAACUUCGACUGGGCGGUGUGCAGUUGCGACAACGCUACAAGGAUCAGGAGAUCUUUAUGGUCAACACACCGAUGUCGGUCGGCAAAGACGAAUAUCUGAUUGUUGUGCGAUACAUGAACGUGAAUAAGAACUCGCCAGAGUUUGUCACGCGCCACGGUUCUGUUGUGAAGCUGCUUCUACUGGAGUUCACCUCGCUGGACACUCUGUUGCAUCAGGAAUCGCUUAUCGAACUGUUGCGAUUCAGCACGUACAUGCAGAAUCAAAUCAAUUUACUCGAGAACUCUCAGAAGCCGGUCGAACGCGCGCGACCGACCCAAUUGACGUCCAUUCAGGAAGAGACCUCCGGCUUUUUGAAGGAACAACUGCAAAAGAGAUCGAGAUCUGCCGGGCGACGUAAAAGACAAACGGUCGAGUUCGUCGAUCUGAAAGUGAGCGCCAAGAUCGGCUCGAUCAACUUAAAGAUCUCCAGUGUUGUCAGAGAUAUCACCGCGUUUUACAUCGAAGGAAUCAGCGCCAGUUUUCUCAGCAAGUCCUCUUAUUCUCAAGUGAACGUCGACCUGUCUUCCAUCAGCAUUAAAGAUCUGAAUCCCGUUUCCGCGUACAAAGACAUCGUGGCGGUGGAGGGUACCGAGUCCCUGCAGGUUCAGGCGGUGAUGUACAACAUCGAGCAGUGGGAGGUAGACAAGAACAACAUGUCCGUGAAAGUGACAAUGGGCUGUCAUCGAAUCGUCUUUCUGAACGCGUUUGUCACCAGCGUGAUGAAUUUCCUGAAUAACUUCCAAGCUGCGCAAGAGGCUAUUAAAGACGCCUCGGCGGCGGCGGCGGAGGCCGCGAGGACAAACAUCAAGGACGUUCAACAGAGCGCAUCUCGCAUUGAACUGUGCAUCAAGAUCAAAGCGCCGGUCGUGUAUAUGCCGAUGAAUUCCAAGAGCGAGCACAGUUUGAUGUUGGAUAUGGGCAAUCUCAUGGUAUGCAAUGUCUUUAAGAAGUUAGAUGUGAGAAACGAGGACAUCAGCGAGUGCCCGGUGGUGGACGAGAUGAAGAUAGAGUUGCAAAAUCUCAAGUUGUCGCGCGUUCGACUGAACAUAGAAAAAUUCACUAGCGAGAAUGAAGUAUUGCUGCUGGCACCGGUGACGUUCACGCUGCUGAUAAAACGCAACUUGUCCACUGCAUGGUUCACCAGUAUUCCGGACAUCGAAAUGUCCGGCAGAUUGAACAAGAUCAGUUUAAUGUUAAGCAAGGAAGAUUACGCCAAGAUUUUAAAAGUGCUCGAGCAGAAUUUGGGCGAGACCUUCGACGAUCCAAAAACUGUGAAACCUGCACCGUCCGCCGUGAAACCCGGCAUUGAACUCGAGCUUCAGCCAGCGUACAAGUACGAAGCGGACGCGUCGCAAGAACCGCCGUCGACGGACACUCAAGAGCCGUUGCACGCACGCACAUCGAUCACGUUCGAGUUCAUUAUGGACAGUCUGGUGAUCAAUCUAUUCACCGGCGGUUCCAAGUUGCUUCAGUCGCAAACGUCGCCCAUGCACCUGUCCGAGAACGGUCUGGCGCGCUUCAGUAUUACGCACUUCGCCGUGAAAGGUCGCAUUUUCGCGGACGGUUUGCUGGUUACGUCGAUUCUGCUGAUGAAUUGCACGUUGGACGACACGAGGCCGAGCCGCGAGGGUUCGCUGGUACGUAUCAUGGAAAGGACCGUAAGCAGCGGCUUGUCGACACCGGUGUCGAGGAGCGCCAGCGAGGAUCACGUGAACAACGCCAAGUACAAUUCCCGCAGCAUGCUGGACGUGACUGUACGUCAGAGUUCGAACGACAUAUUCGCCGACGUGCGCGUGUUCUCCUUCAGCAUCAUCGUGUCGCUCGAUUAUCUUAUGAAGAUCAAGGACUUCUUCGAUGUGGACACGACGACGAAAGACAAGACCGCGGCCGUGACCCCCGCGCAAAAAUAUUCGAAGAGCGAGUCGGUGACGCCGAAGAAAAAACAACAACCGACACAGCAGGAGCCGACUACUUCGACGCCCAAGAUGCUGACUGUGAAUCUGCACGUGGAAAAGCCGGAUAUCAUUCUGCUCGAAAACAUGGACGAUGUCGACUCGAAUUGCAUAGUGCUGAACACGGAAUUGUUGCUGAAAAUGCGUAUUAUGGGAGAGCAUCAGGUGAUCACGGGCUCCGUCAAGGAUCUGUCUUUAUUGACAGGAAUAUAUAAUCCUUUGAAAAGGGCUGAUUGGAGUUAUCAGGUUUUGAAGCCGUGCAGCAUUAGCGUGGCAGGCUCGACACCGGAAGGUAAAGGACUGCACUUGGAGGUCUGUUGCACGGACAUUCACAUCUCCGUCUCGCCAGGUGUGAUUGAAAUAUUGAACAAGGUCAUUCAGACGGUAACGAAGAAGGAGGAAGAGAGCAAAGAGAUUGUUAAGCUCGAGCCCAAUUACGAGGGAUUGUGGAUCAUCACGCCUUUCGAAGAGCACGAUUACUGGUUCUUGAAAACAGAAGUUGCGAUGGAAGCACUCGAGGAGUUCGUGUAUCCGGAAGACGAGAUCGCGACGGUUUACAAAGCGGAGUUGGCGAUUGUUUCAGCGCCAACAAUCUUGUUUACUCUGGAAGCGGGUAUCGGCAACAAAACUCUGCCCAUGUUGCUGCUUAACUUGGGCUUUCAGAGCAGCGUCAACGAUUGGAGCACAAAAUCUAUGAGCGUGGACUGUUCAAUGUCGGUGAUUAUGGCGUACUACAACAGUCGCCUCGCGCUGUGGGAACCGCUGAUCGAGCCUAUAGAAUCCUACGAAAACAACAAACGUGUCUCCACUCCGUGGGAGCUGAGAACAAAGGUACAAUUCAACGACGUUCUGCUCGACUCCAGAGGUGCCAGCGCGGUCAGUCCGACUUCGGACAGUGAUGUUGAAGAGCUGCAUCAGGCUACCAAGAUGUCCAUCGACGUCACAUCUUCCGAUAAUUUGGAAAUAACCGUGACGAAAACGUGUCUGGAUGUGUUGAAACAACUCGGUGAGGCGUUUUCUUCAGCUAUGGAUAUCAGCAAAAAGGGACCUGCGAGAAAGAUGGCACCGUACGUUCUGAGGAACGAGACCGGUUUACCGAUGAUACUCGAUCUGGAGCACAGUGUCUUCAAGAUUUUCGACGACGAAUCGAGGAUGAAGGACGACAGCAGUUCGUACAUGGAGGUGAUUCUUGAAACCGGUGCGUCGAUCGAGCUCGCGCCGAAGACGUCGAAAUUCGACACGCACGUUCUCGAACAGCUGAAGGCGGAAACCGUGAAGGACAGGGAAGACAGUAAAUUCACCGUGUCUUUCAAAGGUAUUCAAGGCAAACUGGCGAUACCUAUGUUGAGAGCGGACAAAAGAUUCUUCUUUUUGAAGUAUCGCAAGGAUGGUUCUGAGGAAUGGGGUAUCGUGUCGGAUGUCAUUGUAGAAGAGGGUAGCACGAUCGUCACUCUCAGAAGCAUACUUCAGGUUUAUAAUCACUUCUCGCAACCGAUAUCCGUGUACUACAUGACGAAACGCGGAAAUGAAGUGGAGUGCGUAGGCACCGUGGCACCAGACGACAAGCUCAACUUGCCGUUGGACGCUGUAUACACUUCAUCUAACAUCUACUGGUUGUUCUUCAACGUCGACGGAUACAUGGUAUCAGUGGAGCCGUUCAUCUGGAAGGACCUGCAGAAAACGGUUUCCAUGACGAAAUUACUGAAAUGCGAACCUCGAGCCAAACAAGACGACAGAGAACCGUUUUACAUUCAGGCCGUGGGAGAGAUAGAGCAAGUGUAUUUCGAGAAUACAAUGCGACACACCAUGGCCAGCACUAUCUACAAUGUGCAUCUGUACCCGUCGGUGUACCUGAAGAACUUCCUUCCCAUCGAUAUUAUCAUUUGCUUGCCUGGCACUGCGCAAGAAACCCUACUUGAGGCUAGCGCUUCUCUUCAGCUCUCUACGAUUGAUCCAAACAAAUCGAGUAUAAUCAUCAAACUUCCUAAUUACUUGGAAAAAGACUGGUCGUGUAAAGGCGAGAUCGUGGCGAAUCCGCCCGAAUUCGCGGUCUGGUCGUUCGAGUCCUUCGACAGCGCGCAAAAGGUGAACCUGGACCUCGGAAUGCACACAUCCUACAAACACGGUUCGAUCAUUAUGGCGCUGUAUUGCCCGUUCUGGAUGCUGAAUAAAACCGGCUUGAUGUUGUCUUACAGGAAAUCAAGUAAGGGUGGCAAAGAGCACUCGAGUCCUAUCAAGAAAUUCGUUUCCGCGAUGAAACCCCAUCGGCGACGCGCACAGUACAAGAAGAGGAAAACGCGCGCGACAUCCGAUGAUUAUUUGAACAUUCUUUAUCACCCGGAACACUUCAAGGGACCUAUUCUAUUCUCGUUUCGGUCCAAGAACUUCUUCGGCAAGAAGAAGGCCAUGAUCAGGGUGGAGGACGGCGAAUGGUCGGACAAGUUUCCCAUCGACGUUGCGGGUAGCGUUGGCGUUGUGACGUGCAAAUACAACGGAAUGACGUAUCAGAUUGGUGUGCACAAUCAGCUGACGUACAACUCGUUGACCAAGCAGAUCACAUUCACACCUUACUACAUACUCAUCAACAAUGCGGAUUACCUCAUAGAAUGCCAAGAGGGUGAUCGACCAGCGGAUCCGAUGAUUAAAGUGCUUCCCGGCGAAUGCACGGCGCUGUGGCCUCGAACGCAAUACGAGCACAAGACUUUGAAGGCCAAAGUUGCGGGUCAACCCGAGAAAACUGCCGCUUUUAUUUACACAGAUAGCCACACGACUCUGCUAAAAUUAGACAAUAAGUAUGGCGGAAUCAAUGUAGACGUGCAAAUAAACGAAGGUGGCAUUUACAUUUCCAUGUCGGCCUACAGUCCGGGCAACGCGCCGGCUUUGAUCAUCAACCAUACACCGCGUACCGUCAACUUCUGGGAAAAGGGUUCGAUCAAUAUCAGAUCCGUGCAGUCGUACAACAGGAUGUUCUACACCUGGGAGAAUCCGGCGGGUCCGCGAAAGUUGGUCUGGGAGGACAGCAAUAGCAAAGAGAUCGAAGAUAAUCUUCGCAAGGAUAAUCUUGGUGCGUUUCAACUGCAAGACAUAGAUGAGGAUCUGUUCUACGUGUCCUUUCUGGAUGGCACUCAGCGAGUGCUGUUGUUCACCACGAAUUUGAAGAUAGCGGAGGAUUGCCAGCUAGCCGGCAAUUUGGAGGUCAUUGAGCAGGAAAUCACGUUGAACAUUCACGGCAUCGGUUUCUCCCUCGUCAACAACAUUACCAAGUCCGAGCUGUUGUACAUGUGCAUCGCUAGCUCUGGAAUUAUAUGGGAGACACGAAAGUCCCUUGGCGGCCGUUGGCGAGCGUUAAGCACCAAAGAAGUUAAUGCGAUCGAGGAAGGAUAUCAACGAUAUCUUAAAGAAUUGCAAAUUGGAAAAGAAGCGGACUAUCGUGUGAUGCUGGAGCCGAAGUUGAUGGUGGAUUAUUUAAACAUGGAGAUGCUCAAGCCGCAUCGCAGGUACAUGAGACGUACUUUCCAGACCGGGCUCUGGUUGCAGUAUCGCACCUCAGCGCAUCAAGUGCAGCUACACGCGAAAAUCAACAGACUUCAGAUCGACAAUCAGCUGUCCGAGUGCGUUUUCCCGGUCAUUCUCGCACCGGUGCCACUGCCGAAGAGUGUCACGCAGAGUACAGUAAUGAAACCCUUCGCGGAACUCAGCAUGGUCAAGCGUCUAUUGGAGCACAGCACCGUGCAACAAUUCCGUUACUUCAAAGUUCUCGUACAAGAAUUCCACAUCAAAGUCGACAUUGUCUUCAUAAACGCGAUAAUGGGUCUUUUCGAGGCGAAUGAAGUCAACGACGCGGAAGAAAGCGCACUUUUCCGUACCGACAUGAUGCUAGUCAACAAACCAUUGAUGUAUCACGUCAACUUGAUUACCACAGCCGAGCAGAAAAACUUUUUCGACCUACUGCACUUUUCACCACUCAAGAUACACAUUAGUUUCUCGAUGACGGGCAGCGGAGAGGGACCUUCUGCGCUGCCGCAAGUACUUAAUGUCCUGCUGCAAGGAAUCGGCGUGACGUUGACGGAUAUUAACGAUAUUGUGUUCAAAUUGGCGUAUUUCGAAAGAAGCUACGUGUUCAUGACACACAAGCAACUCAUUUCUGAAGCGACCACUCAUUACGCGGGUCAGGCAAUUAAACAGGCGUACGUGCUUGUUCUGGGACUCGAUGUAAUUGGUAAUCCGUAUGGACUCGUGAUCGGAACGAUGAAGGGUAUAGAGGACCUGUUUUAUGAACCUUUCCAAGGAGCUAUACAAGGCCCGGGAGAGUUUGCGGAAGGCCUGUUUCUCGGAGUGCGCAGCAUGUUGGGCCAUACCGUGGGCGGCAUGGCGGGCGCUGUGUCGAAAAUUACAGGAGCGAUGGGCAAAGGAAUAGCUGCUUUGACUUUUGAUAAGGAUUACCAGAAGAAGAGGCAAGAACAAUUGAACAAGCAGCCCGCAAACUUGCAAGAAGGUCUUGCUCGAAGCGGAAAGGGCUUAGUAAUGGGUGUAGUCGAUGGUGUAACAGGCGUAGUAAUGAAGCCUAUAACCGGGGCGAAGGAGGAAGGAGUAGAAGGAUUCUUCAAAGGAUUCGGAAAGGGCGUCGUUGGACUCGUCACUAGACCCACUGCCGGCGUGAUUGACUUCGCAAGCGGUUCCUUUGGGGCCGUCAGACGAGCUACUGAGUUAAACGAAGAGGCAAAGAGAGUGCGAUCACCUAGAUUUCUACAAGCGGACAAUCCUGUUAGACCAUAUAUUAAGAACGAAGCCGAAGGGAACAAAAUAUUGACGGAAUUGGAAAAAGGAAAAUAUGCACACACGGAUGUUUAUGUCUAUCAUGUGUUCAUUAACAAAGACGUGUUGUUGCUGACAGACAAAAGAUUGUCGUAUCUCGAACAUAAUGAUUUGUUUGGCGGAUGGCGGGUUGACUGGACUUACACCUGGAACGAAUUCAGCGGAUCACCAAAGAUCGUGGAUAGGGGUGUACAAAUCUUUAUGAAAGACACCAGUAGGAAGAAGAAGCUCGGUGGUCUGUUCGGUAGUGCCGAUCAAUCGAAAAUAAUUUUGAUAAUAGAUCACAAUAUCAAAGAGCUGUUGUGCAGCAAACUACAGGAGCAAAUCAAUCAAUAUGAAGUAUAACGCGGCGCCGUACAAAAACACGCUUGAACAUCUUAUCGACGAAUCAAAAGAGAAAAGAAAACGAACAAAAAGCUUCUUCCAAGACAAACUUUCUUCGCGAACGAAGUCGCACAAUACAUUUCUAUAUAUACGCGCGUUUCUUAUAACACAGUAUUUAUUAAGACUGACACUGCGCUAUAACUUAGUCUUGAAAAAAAAAAAAAAAAAAAAAAAAAAAAAAAAAAAAAAAAAAAAAAAAAAAA